AUGAUACUUCUGCUGGCAUUUACCCAAGUCUUUGCUGCCGCAGAGUAUUCGUCCAUCCGCUCACGCUGUCCACAGGUGUGCAGCGAGCUCGGCCAUGACCCGGCCGGCUGGACGUACUAUCACAGCCUGCACGUGCUCAGCAGAUGCAACAAGACGGUCUUGUUUGACACCAACCUGUUCAACGCCGUCAACGACAGUCGCAAGCACUUUACCAUUCGCGCGUGCUCGGUAGAGGCAGAUUUGUCAGCCGCCGCCGCCACCACAUCGGCGUCUAAGCGUGCCAACGGCCAUGCGGCGCGGUCGUUGUCGCAGCAGGGAAACGAGACGACGGCAAGUGCGACUGUGCGGCCGAUGGCUCUUUCUUGGGGCACUGGUAACGGGUCCACCACGUCUUUGUCAUCAUCAGAAUCGGCGUCCCUUUUGAGCCAUCUUCUCUCGUAUGCGCAAGACAAACCAGAUGACGGACUCGGUCUCGGUCUGUUUGCUUCCUCUGGCAGCACUGUCGCCGGCGUGUUCAUCGGGUCGGGCGUGCAGACAGCGAGCGCCGUCAACGUGCUCGGCGCAUUUGCCGACGCGCAGGCCUACAUCGAGGCACCGAGCGCGGCGCUGCAGUACUGUGGAAGCAACAACAACAGCACCAGCAGCGGAAACUCCUCGUCCCCCACCUCCUCUGCCGGCCAGGCAGUCUUUGGGGUCAUCGUCGACACAGAAGGGGGGGGCGACGUGAACGUGGCCCGACUGCAAGCGGCUCUGGCCCAGUGGACCGACGGCAAGUGUCUGCAGGGCGACGGAGCAUCGCCGACCUCGACGUGGUGGUCGGCAGCUUCGGAGCCAGAGCUGGUAAUAGUCGCAGAGGACGACGAGGCCACGGCAUCCAGUCUGCACCGACGAGCAGACGCCACCUCUCCGGCAGCGUAUGCCAACGGAACGUGUUAUACGUAUGUGGUGAGCACGGGAGACACGUGCUCGGCCAUAGCGCUGACGUACGGUAUCAACAUAGCGGCCGUCGAGGACAACAAUGACAACACCUGGGGAUGGAUGGGCUGCUCGGAUCUGCAGAUCGGCCAGUAUAUCUGUCUCAGCACCGGUACGCCGCCUUUCCCGGCAACUGUGUCCAGCGCAGUGUGCGGCCCGCAGGUCAAUGACACGACGCCCACGAGCAACUAUACGGGCUGGGCAGAUCUCAACCCGUGCCCGAUCAAUGCGUGCUGUGACAUCUGGGGCCAGUGCGGGAUCACGUCGGACUUUUGCACGCCGGAUCCGGCGGACACGGGAGCGCCGGGUACGGCACAGGCCGGCAGCAACGGUUGCAUUUCCAACUGCGGCUUUUCCGUCAUCCAGUCCGUGGCGCCAGACUCGUUUGCUACUGUGGGCUAUUUUGAGUCGUGGAACAGGGACCGGUCGUGUCUGCACAUGGACCCAGCGGACAUACCAUCAAAGUACACGCACGUGCACUUUGCCUUUGGCAACAUCACCGACGACUACGCCGUCGACGUCAGCGGCUACCAGGACAUCUUUGACAGCUUCCUUGCCGGCACAGGCUACAAGCGGAUCCUCUCCUUUGGUGGCUGGGCCUUUUCCACCAGCCCGCAGACGUACCCCAUCUUCCGCGAGGGCGUGUCGGAGGCGCAGCGGCAGACGUUUGCCGAUAACAUUGUAGCGUUUAUCAAAGCAAACGACCUCGACGGCGUCGACUUCGACUGGGAGUACCCCGGCGCUACGGACAUCCCGGGUAUCCCGGCCGGCACCGCCGAGGACGCCACAAACUACCUGGCCUUCCUGCAGGACAUGCGGGCACGGCUGCCGACGGACGAGUACACGUUGUCGAUUGCGGCGCCUGCGUCCUAUUGGUAUCUGCGCAACUUCCCAAUCAAGGAGAUCGGCGAGGUGGUCGACUACAUCAUCUACAUGACAUACGACCUGCACGGCCAGUGGGACUAUGACAACAGCUUUAGCGAUCCGGGCUGCGUCGACGGAAACUGCCUGCGAUCGCAGGUAAACAAGACCGAAACGCUGUCGGCGCUGGCCAUGAUCACAAAGGCCGGCGUGCCGUCCAACAAGGUCAUGGUCGGCCAGGCGCUGUACGGUCGCAGCUUUGAGAUGACUGAGGCAGGAUGCUACACGGAAAUGUGCACCUAUGUCGGCCCCGAUACUGGCGCUACGCCGGGCAUCUGCACUGACACGGCCGGCUAUAUUAGCAACUGGGAGAUUGGGCAGAUUCUGAUCACGCCCGAUGCCAACGCCCAGCAAUACUACUCGGACGAGGCCGGUGACAUUGUGGUCUACGACGAGACGCAGUGGAUCUCGUACCUUUCGACAAACACGUACAACUCACGCGUGUCCUGGGUCGAGGGCAUGAACUUUGCCGGCACCUCGGACUGGGCCAUGGACCUGGCCACCAACUACUACGACAACGGCACGCAGGUCACCAACGGCUCCGGCGUCGUCUACAUUGACCCCAGCGUGCUGACCGACCCUGACGCUACCAUCGCCUGCAUCCCGCCCUGCACCUUUGUCCUGCCGCCGUGGACGCUGUCGACAAUGACCACCAUCAGCCAGCCACCGGUCACGGAGACGAUCGACGAGCUGUGGACGUCGACCAGCACCGGUUCCAACGGCCAGACCUCUAUCGCUUACGUCACAUCGACUGUCGUCACCACCAUAACCAUCCCCGCCCUCACCACCGACACCAUCUCGAUCUACAACGUCAUCUGGACCGACGUCAGCGACACCAUCAUCUACUUUACCAGCAGCGUCAACAUGCCGUCCACCGUGCUCGAGCAGGCCAACGACACCAUCACCAAGUCCUCCACCACUACCAUCUUGCCCGGCAUCAUCUAUACCUACAGCCCGGGGCCGUACACAGGGUCGCAGGAGACGACGGCCACGGCCACGACUACUCCUGCUUCUGAUGCUUCUACUUCUACUUCUACUCCCCCACCCGGACUACCUCCGGGAAUGGUCGGCUCAGUAAGUGUCAACUCGGGCUCGCCGUCGCCGACCUGCGUCGUCGGCUGCGGCUCUGUGUGUCUGCUCAACUGCCUGCCGUCUAUUCCCUGCAUUGGAAUCUGCGGUUGUGUCGGCCUCGGCUGUCCGACUGGUGCUGACGGAGAUAACUGCCUCGGCGCGGGUUGCGAUGACAGCGACGAUGACGACGACGACGACGACGGUAGUGGUGAUGAUGACGACAGCACCACAAAGACGUCAUGCUCCACCAGCCACACCGUUACCAACUACGAGGUGCCCUGCACCGUGACCAACUACGGCUCGUCGAGCAAGUCGACAUGCAACAGCCAGACGUGUGAUCCGACGCUCGCCUGCGACACCACCGGCACGACGACUACGUCGUGGACAACCACGGCCGACUGCACCUGGACCGGUGCCAGCUACAUUCCGAGUACCUGGGCCAUAGACAACCCGGCCGGUGCUUUGCCUCAGCUGGGCGCCGGCGGCCUCUUUGGCUUCACAUACUACAAGGGGGACGGCAGCCUGCCGUCCAGCUCUGCCUCUGCGUCCAGCUCUGCCACCACCGUCUCGUACAUUCCCUGCACGUAUCAGGGCCAGGACCCCGACCAGGGUAUCACUGCACAAUACUGCGUCUGCUCCGGGUCGACCUUUGCGCCCAAGACCACGACCGGCGGUGGUGGCAACUCGUGCGCCUACACAGCCAUGCCGACCAAGACAACCAAUGCUGCAGUCCUGUAUGAGACAGCUAAAAGCAACUGCGAGGUGUGCACUUACGCCGGCCUGUCACAGAUUGGCUGCUCGGACCUGGCCGGCUGCACAAAGACGGACGAGGUUUUAUACUGGUCUUUCGAGAUCUACAACAUCGAGGGCUGGUCCGACGACGGUGGUGCUGCGCUGAAGAAGCAGGAGAAAGGCUGCGGCGCCCUCACCGGCUGGGACUGGUAUGAAGCCACAGAUGACUACCCAGCCUACGUAUACUUUAACCUACCCCUCUUUAUGAAGGAUGGCUGCGUCGAGCGCGCGAUCGUGUCCGCCGGAGGACUAAAGAUAUCUUGCACAGGUGAAGGCCUUGAUUUCCGGCGAAGGAGCUUGGGGAGGAGCGAAGACGAGGAGGACAGCGACGGCGACGACAACGCCAACGCCCAGGCUGCUGACCUUAGGGCUCGCUCGAUGGCGCUCAUGACGGCCUCGCCGAUCGUCCAGUCCUCCACGCCGACAUACUCGUACUCACAGACCACCAGCAUCCCGGCCUACGUCCCCAUGAACUGGACCGGUACCGACAACAGCAGCACGGUGACGCUGACAUGGACGGUGACCGAGGUCACGUCAUUUAUCGUCACCCAGACCAGUGUCAUCGCGGGCGGCACCACCAGCGCCAGCACCACCGGUAGCGGAUCUAUGACCACAACGACGACGGGAUUAUCGACAGUCUCGACAGUCUCAACACCCUCGCCCGUCCAGACGGGCAUGGUCAGCAACUGUGACUCUUUCUAUCUCGUCGUAUCAGGCGAUACCUGCAGCGCCAUCGCCACGGCGGCUGGCAUCAGCCUGACAAGCUUUUAUGCGUGGAACCCAGCCGUGGGAUCGAGCUGUGCUUCUCUCGGUCUGGGUGACUACGUAUGCGUUGGCAUAACGGGCACGAGCAGCGCCACCAGCAGCACAUCGUCCACUGGCAACGGCAUCUCCACACCCUCGCCGGUCCAGACGGGGAUGGUGAGCAGCUGCGACGACUUUUAUCUCGUCGUCUCGGGCGACACUUGCAGCGCCAUCGCCACGUCGGCUGGCAUCAGCCUGACCAGCUUUUACGCGUGGAACCCGGCCGUCGGCAGCAGCUGUGCGUCUCUCGGCCUGGGCGACUAUGUCUGCAUCGGCGUCCUAGGCGGCGGCACCACCACCACCACCGCCGCGACGCUGACCACGACCACAACAUCCACGACGUCCACCUCAUCGGACAACGGCGUGACGACGCCGACGCCCAUCGAAACGGGAAUGGUAACCGACUGUGACACCUUUUACUAUGUUGUCUCGGGCGAUACCUGUGCCUCGAUAGCCUCGGCGGCAGACAUCACAGUGACCAACUUCUACACGUGGAAUCCGACGGUGGGCACCUCCUGCACCAACUUGUGGCUAGAUUCCUAUGAAAACUCGGAGAGGGCGCUGCUAUCCGCACGUGUCCGGCACCGACACUGA